GAUGCCCCGCUUCGAGUGGCGGGUGCAGGUACAUGUAUAUACACGGUGCUAUUCAUGAACAUUGUGACUCGUUUCACAAUGGCACUGCUAUGUGUUCAGCCUGGGCGAACCUUCCACUUACUUCAAGUGUCUUAUUUUGAUCGCGAGAUGACGUCCACUGUCCACAAAGUUUUAGUAAGUAGUACUUGAGCACGGGGAGUGACUGUGUCAUGAUGGGAUACAACGUGUACCUGUAUGCUGUCGUGCUGGGCUGCGUGGUGUGGAGGGCCAGUCUGGACGAACGAAGAUGUGCAAAUGGUCGUUUUGGAAACAACUGUAUUUACCAGUGUCAUUGUUUGAAGGACACAAACUGUGAUGACGUCACAGGAAAUUGUUCUUCCGGAUGCGCAGAAGGAUGGUCAGGGAAUGCUUGCCAAAGAAGGAACAUCGUGUUCAACAUGGCUGCUUCUAUAUCGGGCAACGUGGCGGAAGGGGGCGUGACCACAGACGGCGACGUGACCACGUGUAUCUCCUCCCGCCCUAAUAGGACAGGAAGGUGGAUGGUAGAUCUUCUAGUAAAACAGACAGUUCACAGUAUGAGGAUACGGGCAGGUAACGUGUCGGUCCGGUCAUGGGGUGUGUACGUGGGCGACUUCGAGGACAGCCUCUUCUGGUCAGUGCCGUGUACGACACUGCGCUACGACGGAACGGGGACGUCCUUUACUUGUGACAAACCUGUGGCCGGCCGAUAUGUGGGCAUCAUGAACCUGCAUAAGCUUAUAACAGUAUGUGAAGUGGAGAUAUUCACUUGUGCCGACUUCACAUUCGGCAAACAAGAUUGUAACUCCCGCUGCCGCUGCUUUGAAACCCUGGAAGUGUGUGAUCACGUGUUCGGCACGUGCACGACGGGGUGCCAGCCGGGCUGGGCAGGAAGCGACUGUCAACAAGCCUGCAAUGGAACUUACGGAAGGAACUGUGUUCAUCGUUGUGGUCGAUGUCGUGGUGGAGAGGCAUGUGACACUACUACUGGGAAAUGUCGUCACGGCUGUGAAACCGGAUGGACGGGGCCAACGUGCCAUGCGAAGUGUCCCGUCGGUAGUUAUGGCGAUAACUGCAGUGAAGCCUGCAGCCAUUGUCUAGAAGGAAGCACGUGCUUUCCAACAAACGGAACUUGCGUGAAAGGAUGCGCAGCUAGAUGGAAAGGUCCAAAAUGUGAUCGUUCUUGCGACUUCGGAGAGUACGGGGAAAACUGUGUCCUUAGAUGCAGUCACUGUGUGUCAAGUACAGGCUGUGACAGUCGUAAUGGACGGUGUCAAGCUGGCUGCGAGCCCGGAUGGGAGGGGGUGUUCUGUACUGUAGAAUGUAUGCCUGGUCGGUUCGGACCUGACUGCAACCAGACGUGUGGGAGGUGCCUGCAGCCUCCGUGUGACCGACGCAACGGAAGCUGUGGGGAGGGAGGCUGUCUGCAGGGCUGGUCUGGGGACAUUUGUAAUCAGGCGUGUGCCACGGGUUACUAUGGCGAAAACUGUGACUCCAAGUGCGGACAUUGUGCGGACGACGUCGAGUGCGACCUCAUGGACGGCACAUGCUCCUCUGCAUGCAAACAUGGCUGGUACGGUGACAAGUGCGACCAAACAUGUUUGGACGGAACGUGGGGAGGCAACUGUUCAGAGACGUGUGGCCUGUGCCAUCAGAACAAGGCAUGCAACCCUGAAACGGGACUGUGUGACGAAGGCUGUUUUGUGGGAUACUCCGGUACAUAUUGUGAUACAGCCAAGGGGUUCCGUGACCUAUCCAGUGCCCUAGUGAUGCCAGUGAUGGUGGUGUCAGCCUCUAUCGUCUGCUGUAACCUCUGCCUCCUCUUCACCUGUCUUGUCUUCAAAUGGAGGAGGGACGAGAAGCAGAUACCACGCCCCGGCACCAACACCGAGGCGCUCCUGACACCCCAGGCUGAGUAGCCCGAGCCCCUAGACCCGAGGCCCGGGACCCGAGACCCUAGACCCGAGACCCGAGAGCUCAGACUGAUGUCAUGUCAGUGUUGAAGACCAUCUGAUUUUGUUACUAUUGUCAUUGGGUGGAAUUGCAUUAUCACUGCCCCAGCACUGAAGCUGAAAAAUGAAUGAGUGAGCUGGGUGAUGAACAAUAUUUCAAUUAUCUCACGGCGUGACAGCUUAAUGUGAGGGGGAGCGGAGGUGAGGCAGGUUUAUAACUUUGAUGCAGUCCACGAGCGUGGGCGGGGGGAUAAUGCUGUUUGACAAAGACUAUACUUGUGCAGAUCUAGGCGAUGAACUCUCCAUGAUCGGACAGUAAAAUGAAAUGCGAGAAGUAUUUUGUGUAUCAAUAAUGCAUGAUGAAUUUAUAUUGUAUGUUACUGAAUGGUUUGAAUAAAGAUGUAAGAGAAUG